GGCAGAGAGAGAGCCUUUGGGCUGAGAGAGGGACGACUUGAGGAUAAAUAACUCUGCCCCUUCGCGUCGGUUCUCCUGAAGAAUAGCUGAAGAUCUCUACCACUCCACAAGUCGUCGUUGUCGUUGUUGGUCGCUCUCAUAGUCACUCCUUUUAAUACAACAUACAACCAAACAAAAGUCACUCGCUUUCAACAUGAAGAGCUUCAGCACCCUCCUUCUCGCCGCGACGGGCGUCAUGUCCGCCGCCGUCGGCAAGCCCAUCGAGAAGCGCACCACGGGCAACGACCUGAACUACAACAGCAGGAUCAUGAACUCUGCCGCGUACGGACGGUUCCUCGACACCGAGGUCGUCUCGGCGGUCAGCCUGCACGCCCGCCAUGAGGGGCCCGAGCCCGAGCCCGACGCGAACCGCACCGUGGUCACCCCGGAGAACAUCUUUGUGCUCCAGUGCACCGAGCCCGGUUUCCGCGGCGACUGCCUCGUCUUCGGCGCCACCCCCGGCGACUGUGUCUCCUACUUCGACUACCAGUCCGGCAACUCGACCCAGAUCAGCUCCCGCUUCAACGACAACGUCACCUCCCUGUCCACCAACACCGGCGGGAAGUGCCAGUUCUACAAGUUCCGCGGCUGCAACGACAAGGGCGACGACCGUGGUCUCACGUCCUCGUACAACUACAACCUGGGCGUCUCGCUCCCCGAUGACCCCCGCACCGUCGAGUACGAGAACGAGAUCACCUCGUGGAGGUGCUAGAUGGGCCGGCCGUAGGCAGGACGGCAAGCGGAGAUGCGGCACACCGCAGUCAGCCGUUGAAAUUUGUAGCCCAACUCUCUCUGUCAUUGAUAGUGAAAGCGUUAGAAAAUCAUCAGCGUGUGCCCGCCGCCGGUAUAGGUUCAAAUCAAGCAAGCAUCUGCCGAUGUCGUCUCUACAAACAUGCA